UCAAGGUGCAAAAAAAAAAGAAGAAGUAAGAAACAAAACAAAAACAACAAACAGUCUUCUUCGUCUCGCACAAAAACCCAGAAAUCGCAGCAGAGCCUUUUUACAGUACAGAUCUCUCCAUCAUCAUCACUGAUUCGAUGCCUUCCCGUAGGAGAACUCUCCUCAAAGUCAUCAUCCUCGGUGACAGCGGGGUUGGCAAGACCUCUUUGAUGAAUCAAUAUGUUAAUAAGAAGUUCAGCAACCAGUACAAGGCGACCAUUGGUGCUGAUUUCCUGACUAAGGAAGUUCAGUUUGAAGACCGGCUUUUCACUUUACAGAUCUGGGACACAGCUGGUCAAGAAAGGUUUCAGAGUCUUGGUGUAGCGUUUUAUCGUGGUGCUGAUUGCUGUGUUCUUGUAUAUGAUGUCAACUCCGCCAAAUCAUUUGAGGAUCUCAACAACUGGAGGGAAGAGUUUCUGAUUCAGGCAAGUCCUUCUGAUCCAGAGAACUUUCCCUUUGUUGUUAUCGGUAAUAAGAUCGAUGUGGAUGGUGGAAACAGUCGGGUGGUUUCAGAGAAGAAGGCUCGAGCUUGGUGUGCUUCAAAAGGAAACAUUCCGUACUAUGAAACCUCUGCCAAAGAAGGCACCAAUGUGGAAGACGCUUUCCUGUGCAUAACUAAGAACGCAAUGAAAAGUGGAGAAGAGGAAGAGAUGUACUUACCAGACACGAUCGAUGUUGGAACCAGCAGCAAUCCACAGAGGUCAACAGGAUGUGAAUGCUGAAAGUACUUCUGCUCUCUCAUCAUCAUCAAUCAAUUUAUCUCACUUUGAGGGUUUUUUACCAGAUUGUAAAUCUGGUGUUUUUUCUUUCUGGUAUAUUAUUAUUAAAAAUAAAAUUAGAAUUUCAGAAAAUAAGUAAAAACCAAAUUGGACUAGUCGGUGUUUGUGGCCUGUUUGAUUAUUAUUAUUAUGGAUUUCUUUCCUUUUCUCUGCACUAUCGACAUUUGUUGUCCACUACUUUUGUGAAAAGACUUGUUUUUAUCCUACU